GCCAGAGCGCCGGGAGUCUGGGGAGGGGAAGCGCCCGACGGCCGCCUCCGCCACUGCAACUGCGGCCCUCGAUGUCGCCACAGUGAUCGCAGCCGCGGCACCACCCGCACCCUCGCCGGACGCAUUAUCAGCACCGCAGAGCCGAGCCCGCAGCCCCGCAGGAUGGCUUUAGCUCCUCCAAGUUACUGUUUUGUGGCCUUCCCGCCACGUGCGAAGGACGGUCUGGUGGUAUUUGGGAAAAAUUCAGCUCGGCCCAGGGAUGAAGUGCAAGAGAUUGUGUAUUUCUCGGCAGCUGAUCAUGAACCCGAGAGCAAGGCUGAGUGCACUUACAUUUCAAUCGACCAAGUUCCCAGGACCCAUGCCAUCGUGAUAAGCAGACCUGCCUGGCUUUGGGGGGCAGAAAUGGGAGCCAAUGAGCAUGGAGUGUGUAUAGCCAAUGAAGCCAUCAACGCCAGAGAGCCAGCCGCUGAAACGGAAGCCUUACUGGGGAUGGAUCUGGUCAGGCUUGGUUUAGAGAGAGGGGCAACAGCUAAAGAAGCCUUAGAUGUCAUCGUCACCUUGUUGGAACAACAUGGGCAAGGCGGGAAUUAUUAUGAAGAUGCAAACUCCUACCACAGCUUCCAAAGUGCAUAUCUGAUCGUGGACAGUGAGGAAGCCUGGGUGCUGGAGACCGUGGGGAAGUACUGGGCUGCGGAGAGAAUCACAGAGGGAGUCAAGUGCAUUUGCAAUCAGCUUUCGCUCACGACUAAGAUCGACGCAGAGCAUACUGAACUCAGGAGUUAUGCUCAGAGUCAGGGCUGGUGGACGGGAGAGGAUGAGUUCAAUUUUUCUGAAGUUUUUUCUCCAGCUGAUGACCAUCUAGCCUGCUGUUCAGGCAAAGACAGCUUAGAAAAGCAAGAAGAAAGCAUCACUGUGCAGACUAUGAUUGACAUCUUACGGGACAAAGCCAGUGGAGUCUGUAUAGACUCCGAGUCUUUCCUUACCACAGCCAGUGUAGUGUCUGUCCUGCCUCAGAACAGAAGCUCGCCAUGCAUUCACUACUUCACUGGGACCCCAGAUCCUUCCAGGUCCAUAUUCAAGCCUUUCAUUUUUGUCGACGAUGUAAAACUCGUCCCCAAAGCACAGUCUCCCUGUUUCGGAGACGAGGACCCUGCCAGAAAGGAGCCUCGGUUCCAGGAGAAGCCAGACCGCCGCCACGAGCUGUACAAGGCCCAUGAGUGGGCCCGGGCCGUCCUGGAGAGUGACGAGGAGCAAGGUCAAAAGCUGAGGAAGACGAUGCUGGAACUAGAGAAGCAAGGCCUGGAAGCCAUGGAGGAGAUCCUGACCAGCAGUGACCCCCUGGACCCCACCGAAGUGGGAGAUCUCUUCUAUGACUGUGUUGACACAGAGAUUAAGUUCUUUAAGUGAAAAGUGGGCAUUGGCCACAACAUAGAAAAUGUAUGAAGGGGGAUAUAUUUUAUGACUGGAAUCUUCGGAAAACCCAACUGUUCAGCGUUUUCUCCAUUUAUCCAUUCUGUGGAUAAAUUCACUCUUUAAAAAUAAACACAAAACCAUGAUAUACCACCUCACACCCAUCAGGAUGGUUACUAUCAAAAAAAAAGAGAAAAUAAGUGUUGGUGAGGAUAUGGAGAAUUUGUAACCCUUGUGCACUGUCGAUGGGAAUAUAAAAUGGUGCAGCUGAUAUGGAAAACAGUAUGGAGGUUCCUCAAAGAAUUAAAAAUAGAAUUAGCAUAUAAGCCAGCAAUUUUACUUUUGAGUAUAUACCCCAAAGAACUGAAGGCAGAGUCUCAGAUAUUUUUACACCCAUGUUCAUACCAGCAUUAUUUACAAUAACCAGAAGGUGGAAGCAAGCCAAGUCU